AUGGGUAUCGACCUGGACCGUCACCAUGUGCGCAGCACCCAUCGCAAGGCGCCGAAGAGCGAAAAUGUCUACCUUCAGGUCCUUGUGAAGCUCUACCGCUUUCUCGCCCGCCGCACGGAGUCCAACUUCAACAAAGUUGUGCUGCGCCGCCUUUUUAUGUCGAGAAUCAACCGCCCUCCCGUCUCCCUUUCGCGACUCGUUUCCAAUGUUACCGAUGCUCACAAGGGCAAGACCAUCGUUGUGAUCGGAACUAUUACUGAUGACAAUCGCCUUCUCACUGUUCCCAAACUCUCUGUUGCCGCGUUGCGGUUCACCGCUACUGCGAGAGCCAGAAUUGAGAAGGCUGGGGGUGAGACUCUGACUUUGGAUCAGCUCGCACUUCGGGCACCUACUGGAGCGAACACUCUCCUCCUCCGUGGCCCUAAGAACGCUCGUGAAGCUGUCAAGCACUUCGGAUUUGGACCCCACAGCCACAAGAAACCGUACGUUAGGAGCAAGGGCCGGAAAUUCGAGAGAGCUCGCGGACGUAGAAGGUCUCGUGGCUUCAAGGUUUAA